AUGCCGCCGUCCUUCAACACCCUCGCCGCGCCGUCCCCGGCGUCCCCGUCCUGGCGCGGGUCGCACCCCGGCGCCUUGUCCGUCGCGUCCUCCGCACAACCACCCACCGAGAUCCUGCCCCAUCUCUUCAUAGCGGAUCUUGGCGCAGCAGAGAACCCCAAGGUGCUCAUCCAACUCGGCAUCACGCAUGUCCUCAGCGCGAUGUGCGGCCGCGUCUUGCUCCCCGCGAACAUGCCUCUCGCGCAGCUCCAGCUGCCGCUCCAAGAUAGCCCCUUCGCGGAGCUUGCGGACUACCUCCCCGCGUCCACCCUCUUCCUCUCGGACGCGCUCCGGGACCCAAAAGCGCGUGUCCUCGUGCAUUGUGCGCAGGGCAUCAGCCGCAGCUCGAGCGUCGUGUGCGCGUACCUGAUAGCCAAGUACGGCUGGUCGCCCGAACAGGCUCUGCGCUUCGUGAAGUCAAAGUACGCGCUCGCCGACCCGAACCCCGGCUUCGUUAUGCAACUCGGUGAAUACGCUCGAUCUCUGGAGAGGACCCGGUAG